AUGGCCACAUCUGCAAGUAUGUACCAGGUCUACCAGCAGCAGAGACUAACACUGAACACUACAUAUGGAACUAUCUCCUGUGUGGGCCAGCCAGUGACUGGGUGGAAGUGUGAAGUUUACUGCAAUUGGAGAGAAAAUUUCAUGUUCCUAGCACUCUCCGCAAUCAUCCCUCUAUGUUCUUUUAGAAUACCAGAAGGAAGAUCCCAGUUUUUUCUAGUAAUGAUUUUUGCUACUGAUGAGAUCAACAGGAAUCCUUAUCUUUUACCGAACUUGUCUUUGGCAUUCUCAAACACUGGUGGCAUGUGUGAAGUUACAUUUGAAGAACUGGAAAGAAACUACUUAUCACAAAAUAAUUCUUGGCAUUUAAUUAAUUAUGAAUGUGGACUACAAGGAAGCUGUCCUGUAGAACUUAUAGGACCAUUAUGGACAACAUCCUUAAAAAUGGCAAUUGAUUCUAGUAUCCCAAAGGUUUUCUUUGGACCAUUUAAUCCUAACUUGAGUGACCAUGACCAGUUUCCCUAUGUCUAUCAGGUAGCAACCAAGGACACACGUUUGUCUCAUGCUAUGGCAUCCUUGAUGAUUCAUUUUAGAUGGACUUGGAUAGGACUGGUCAUCUCAGAUGAUGACCAGGGCAUUCAGUUUCUCUCAGACUUGAGAGAAGAAAUGCAAAGGCAUGGGAUCUGUUUAGCAUUUGUGAACAUGAUCCCAGAAACAAUGCAGAUAUACAUGACGAGGGCUAAGAUAUAUGAUAAACAAAUUAUGGCAUCAUCAGCCAAGGUUGUUAUCAUUUAUGGUGAAAUGAACUCUACCCUAGAAGUCAGCUUUAGAAGAUGGGCAUAUUUAGGAGUUCAGAGAAUCUGGAUCACAACCUCACAAUGGGAUGUCAUCACAAAUAGAAAAGAUUUCAGUCUUGAUUUCUUCCAUGGGACUCUCACUUUUGCACACCACAACAAUGAUAUUGCUAAAUUUAGCAAUUUUGUACAAAUAAUAAACACUUCCAUAUAUCCAAGAGAUAUUUCUCAGAUUAGGGACAAGUGGAAUUAUUUUAAUUGUUCAAUCUCUAAGAACAGCAAUAGUAAGAUGGAUCAUUUUAUAUUCAACAACACAGAGGAAUGGUUAGCACUGCACAAAUUUGACAUGUCCCUGAGUGAAGAAGGUUACAAUUUGUAUAAUGCUGUGUAUGCUGUGGCCCACACCUACCAUGAACUUGUUCUUCAAAAAGUAGAAUCUCAGCAAAUUGAAGAAUCCAAAGGAGUAUUCAAUGACUGUCAACAGGUGGCUUCCUUGCUAAAGACCAGGGUAUUUACUAACCCUGUUGGAGAACUGGUGAACAUGGAUCACAGGGAAAAUCAGUGUGCAGAGUAUGACAUUUUCAACAUUUGGAAUUUUCCACAAGGCCUUGGAAUAAAAGUAAAAAUAGGAAGCUAUUUUCCUUGUCUCCCACAGAGUCAACAACUUCACAUAUCUGAAGACUUGGAGUGGGCCACAGGAGGAACAUCGGUUCCCACCUCCAUGUGUAGUGUGACAUGCACUGCUGGAUUCAGGAAAAUUUAUCAGAAACAAACAGCGGAGUGCUGCUUUGAUUGUGCCCAUUGCCCAGAAAAUGAAGUUUCCAAUGAGACAGCAGAUAUGGAGCAGUGUGUAAAGUGUCCAGAUGAUAAGUAUGCCAACCUACAGCAAACCCACUGCCUGCAAAGAGCUAUAUCAUUUCUGGCUUAUGAAGAUCCAGUGGGGAUGGCUCUUGCCUGCAUGGCCCUGUGCUUCUCUGUGCUCACGGUUCUAGUACUC